AUGUCUCGUCUUGGCGAGAAGAAAGCAAGUCAGCCUAAGGAUGCAUGUGGGUACUCAAUUGUUGAUAGGCUGAUGUAUGCUGCUUUUCCCACAGGAAUUCCUCUCACAAGAGCACAUAGAGCUGUCUAUUUAACACUUAGCACCUAUUUUCUAGUGCAUAUCCUGUCUUCGGGAUACAGGCUUGUCGAUGCACGAGCAGAAAAUGCUUGGUGGGCGUCAACUAAAAUCCCUCAAAAUCUCAGUCUAGGACCGGAUGCUCGUGCUCCAUCUGACCCAACUAUCCCCUUAGAUCGGAGCUAUCGAAGCUGUCAUUUGCGGUCAAACAUCACUUUUGUAGUACUCGUCCUGUUUCAUCGAGCCUGGAAUCUCUCGGAUCCUGAAGCUGCUGAACGGUUGCAAAGAGAACAGUCGCGUCUUACAGAAUAUACGAACAAAUUUUCCAACUUAGAAGUGAAUAGUGACAAAAUGGCUACAGCCUUGAGUAGAACUGGCUGUCAUUUGAUACCUUUACGAUUCAAGAUUUGGGCUCACCAGUUGGCCGAUAAUCCGGAAGCAGGUUAUCUGGGUGCCGGGGUCCUGACUUGGAUGCAGAAAUUGGAGGAGCGCUUUGGAAGCCCCGGAAAGUUAAGAGGCCCAGUGGAGGAGUAUCCGCAUUUUAUAAUAUCUGAACGAAUCAGUCCCCAACUCGCCUGGGCCGCUAGUCAGUUUCAGGUGCCAUUACUCGGAUGUAUCGGUGAAGAAGCAGUGCCUGGCCAACCAGUAGGUUACUGCGGCUUGGCAAAAGAUUUGGCAUCAAGUAAAAAUAUGCACUGUUAA